AUGAUGGCAAGCAAGUCCUGCACUCUCGGCAAGGCACGAAAAUGGUCAUGGGUUCGUAUCGCUGCCUUGCUAAUAUCCGUAGUAGGCUUUGGCGGUCAUGUUGAUGCCUUUGCGACGACACCUCCCAACAACAACAAUCAAGAGCAACCAACAGUCACCACGGAUCCGAAAGAUCCGCCUUCCGAAAUAUCACGACGGGACCUGUUUGAUUGGCCAUUUCUGGCUAUUGCGAGCGCUGUCGUUACUGGGGAACUGGUGGCCACUGCUGUGGGUGGUUUGAGUCUGAGCAGACCGGCCGCUCAUGAACAGCGAGUGGCAGAUACCAUUCGACGAUCUUUGGUCGAGGCAACAGCAGCAUCCACACCGUCUUUGAGGGUGUUGGAAGUCGGUAUUGGAAACGAUUGUCGCUUGAUCCGUCGAGGACUCUACAAUCAAGCCAUUGCCAACUUGGGAUCCACUACUGACACCAAGCAGCUUGAGAUUACUGGAAUCGAUCUCCAACUUCCAAAAGAAGAUACCGUAAUAGAUGCCCAACUGCUGUUGGAUCAAUUGCAACAAGAAACAGGAGUCCAAUCCACACUGAAUAUACAACAGGCUAGUAUCACAUCAAAGCUUCCAUUUCCAGAUGGUUCCUUUGACGCGGUGAUUUGCUGUCUGACACUGUGCAGUGUUGACGAUCCCGCGGCUGCCGUGGCGGAGAUGAAACGAUUGAUUCGACCGACGGGUGGGACGCUGGGGUAUGUGGAGCACGUGGCUGUCAACCCUGACGAGAACUACCCUCUUUUGGAAUGGCAACAAGAAACACUGGAUCCAUUGCAGCAACUGGUGGCCGACAACUGUCACUUGCAUCGGUACACCCAAGAGACUAUCCAUGACGUGUUUGCUACCAACAAUGACGACAAAGCGAAAAUCCUUCAAGAAGAUCGUUUCUUGGUAGACAAAAUGUGGCCCGUCACCAGCCAAAGUUGUGGCGUCAUCCAGCGCGAAGGCUAG